GCUAUCGAUAUGCCCGAUACUUCGCGUGUGUUGCUGGGCAGCAACAAAGAGCCACAGCCCCCAGUCAGCCACACCAUCACGAGGGUAAACAACUGGUACCCUACUAUAGAUUCAUUAUGUUAGAUGAUUUUGCACAUCUGUAUAAGCCAUUGGCGGAUACACUCCCUGGCGAGAAGAAGAAAUUGUCUGCUGAGGAGAAAUGUCGACUUGUUCUCCAGCAGUGUAAAUUACAAGGCUGGCAGAUGGGAGCCCGAAAAGUGUUUCUAAAAUACUGGCAUGCCAACCAGCUCAAUGAUUUGUGCCUACAGCUGCAGAGAAAGAUCAUCACCUGCCAAAAAGUUAUAAGAGGAUUUCUAGCACGCCAGCACUUGCUUCAGAAGAGAAGCAUCCGACAGCAAGAGGUCACGUCCAUCAACAGCUUUCUUCAGGUAACAGAGGACAUGGGGCUGAAGACCUAUGAUGCCCUGGUCAUUCAGAAUGCUUCGGACAUUGCCAGAGAAAAUGACCGGCUCCGGAAUGAAACAAAUGCUACUUACCACAAAGAGAAGUUGGAGGCCAGGAACAAGCAAGAAGAAGGAACCAAAAGAGCUGACGACAAGGGUGGACCUAGGCAUUUCCACUGCAGCUCCGUUCCAGGCUCUGUGGCUGUAGACAGCCUGGUCCAGUCCCUGGCUGGCCCAUCUACCCGGUCUCCUUCUCUGCACUCUGUGUUCAGCCUGGAUGACAGCGGUGGCCUCCCAUCACCACGGAAACAGCCUCCGCCCAAGCCAAAGAGGGACCCCACCACGCGGCUGAGUGCCUCCUAUGAGGCUGUGAGCGCCUGCCUGUGGACUGCAGCCAAGGAAUCAUCGACUGAAGUUCUCACCCGACCCAGACCACACAGUGAUGACUACAGCACCAUGAAAAAGAUUCCUCCUCGGAAGCCAAAACGAAGCCCCAACACCAAACUCAGCGGCUCAUCCGAGGAGAUCUCCCGCGCUGGACCAGGGGCUAUGGGGGCCCCGGGCAUGCCGCGCAGAGCGGCGGGCCUACAGUGUUCCCCAGGGGCUGUGCCGGGGGUCCUUGCGCCCCCCACGCACUCUGAGCUGGAGCCUGAGCCCGUCUACAUCGAGAUGGUGGGCCGCACAGGCAGCCCCGACCAGGCAGAGGCCGUAUACGAGGAGAUGAAGUACUUUGCACCACCAGAGGAGAGUAGCGGUCCGAGGGUGGGCACCUGGGCGUCUGCAUCGACCCCUUUAUUGUGUGAGGGUCGGAGCCCCAUCACCUUGGAGGAUAGCGAUGUGAGUGGCCAUAUGCCCGGGCCCUGCAAAGACACGUGUGACAUUCCAGCCCCCUUCCCCAACCUGCUCCCUCAUCGUCCCCCACUCCUGGUGUUCCCCCCAACCCCUAUCACCUGUUCCCCCGCGUCUGACGAAUCACCUUUGACGCCCCUGGAGGUGAAAAAGCUGCCAGUCCUGGAAACCAACCUCAAGUACCCUGUGCCGUCCGAAGGCUCGAGUCCUGUGUCUCCACAGUAUUCCAAAAGUCAGAAAGGCGACGGUGACAGGCCCGCGUCCCCCGGCCUGCCUGUAUUUAGCGAGUCCCACAAAGUCUCUCCUCCUCCUUCACCACCGCCUGUUCCCGCGCCCCUGGCAGCUGCCCAGCGGCCGAACACGCACUUCACGUUCCCACCUGAGACCUGCGUGGUGAACGCGGCAAAAACAGCCACAAACACUGAUCUGCCCAAAGUGCAGCACAAGCCAAACUCUGCUCCAGCCGCAGGUCCCUGCAGCUCUUUCUCCAAGAUUCCUUAUUCCCCAGGGAAGGCGGCAGGUAGAGUUGACCAUAGGAAGGCCAACUCCAACUCCUCGUCUCCAGUGCCCUACAGCCCCCCGAACUCCAGACCUCUCAGCAGCCCCCUGGACGAGCUCACUAGCCUCUUUAACUCUGGAAGGAGUGUGCUUCGGAAGUCUGCCGCGGGAAGGAGAAUCAGGGAGCCUGAAGGUUUUGAAACGAACAUGAACCUAACUAGCCGAGAUGAUCCUGGUACUUCAGAAAUUGCAUCAGAGACCCAAGAUAGAAAUGCAAAUAACCAUGGAAUUCAGUUAUCUAAUUCACUCUCUAGUGCUAUCACUACUGAAAAUGGGAAUUCUGUCUCAAAUGGUUUACCUGAGGAAGAUGGACUCUCCAGGUUGUCUGUGAGUGGGACAGCGACCUCAUCAUUUCAGAGACAUAGAGAAAGCCAUACCACUCAGGUAAUCCAUCAGCUGAAGCUCUCAGAGAAUGAAAGUGUGGCCCUGCAGGAACUCCUGGACUGGAGGCGGAAGCUCUGCGAGGAAAGAGAAGACUGGCAGCAAAUCCUGCAGCACUCAGAGCCCAGAGCGCCGCCCCCACCUCCUUGCAAAAAGCCGACUCUUCUGAAGAAGCCCGAAGGGGCCUCGUGCAGCAGGCUGCCUUCUGAGUUCUGGGACACUACCAUUUGAUGUGGUCCGAACUGCAGAUUCACAGCAUAAAACUGCCUACUGGCUCCAGGCUGCACAGACAGAAGGCUGCCUCCAAUACAUGCUGGGUGCUCUCUCCACGCAUUUACACGGAAAAGCACAGGACACAGAAGUUAAAGACACAAGAUUCUGUGUAUGUGUGUGUGGGGGUGGGUGGGGGUGUGUGGGCGUGGGUGUUUUCUUACCCGUUCUGUGGGGAUACACUCUGAUUUUCAGGCUCCAUGGUUAUAGGGCCAUGCUACCACUCUGUAGCAAGAGAAAGGCCGUGAAAGAGUGGAUGAGGUGAGAGAGGGAAGAGUAGUGGAGGAGAGGAGGGACCCAUGCACACUGUACCCUUGUUUUUGUAUAGUCCGACCACGUGUUUAUUCUACUCCGAUUGUUUUAUUAUAAUACACUCUACAGGACAUAUGUUUUAUUUCUUUGUAGGCAUUUGUGUCUUAUUGGAAUUACAAACCUGAAAAUUAUUUACAUGUUUAUUACUGUAUUUUAUAACUUUAUGCAAUUGGUGGUGCUCCCUUUCUUCAAAAUACAGAUUUUUAAAAAAUCAUUUCUAGAUUUUUUUUUUCUUUUACAUACCAUUUUUAAACCGAAAGUACCUAAAUAUUACAGGACUGUGUUGUUGUUUUCGCUUCGCCAGUGUCAAGCCCUGCGCACGUAUGGACCAAGUCCCAUGCUUUCUUUCAUCCAUUGACUAGGAGGCAGUUCCUUUCUGUGCCCUGUAUUUCUGGAUAUGUGGGUUGUGAGCUCUUUAGUUAAAACUCAUCUGCUGACUUCAGCAUAGGUUACAGGAAAUUUUGCGUCACUCAACAUGUAUGGCUUCAAAUUCAUGGCUGGUGGUAUGAAAGGGUCAUAUCCAUUCAAAGGUCUUUACAGUACAAAUAAGCACGCUGAGAUUUACUGGUUUGAGCAGUAACGCUGCAUCACACGACAAUUGCCCUCUCAGAGCUCCACUGCAUGGCUCACCUGCUGUAUAUCCUCAACCCUCCUGUAAUGCAACUGCCUUGUUUAUUGAUGUGCUUCUGUUGGCUGCCGGGAAGUUCUGAGCAGUGGCAUCAGACCAUCCGUCAUGUCUUGCUACUUGGAGCUUUUUAUGCAUACCAGCCUUUGAAAAGUGACUGUGCCAAUAAAAGGGUA